GCCCAUGCUGAAAAAGAAGACUACUGGGACUCUGUACUCUGGAGUGAUGAGACCAAGAUAAAUGUUUUUGGAACUGAUGGUUUUAAAAACUGUAUUGUGUUGCAAAGGUGAGGAGAACAAAUAAAAAUGCAUGGUGCCUACAGUGUAACAUGGUGGCAGUGUCCUUCUGUGAGGCUGCAUGAGUGCUGCUGGGGUCAGGGAGCUGCAUUUCAUUGAUGGUAUCAUGAAUUCACAGAUAUAUUGCUCUGUAUUGAAAGAGAAAUUUUUCAACAAGACAACGAUCCAAAACACACAUCUAAGGCCACUGUUGGAUUUCUGA